UUGCGCGCGCCAAACUGUAAAGGGUCCUUUUAAAGACCUAAGAAUGCAGUUGGUGCAGGAUAGGAAACCCCUCCUCCAAAACGGACGGUUGUCAGGACAACACAAUGCGCUGAAUCGCUACAAUGUUUCCGCUUUGACUCGUGGAAUUCUGAAUAGCUAGACAACAGGCAGAGUAAUGUCUGAUUUAGCAAAAGAAAAGGCAGCUCGUCUUCUGAAGAAGAGAGGUAGUGUGUCAUCUCUUGGCAGCCAUGAUGUCAGAGCCAAGGAAACAAGGGACAAGACCAAGGAUUCUAUAAGCACCGUAUCCUAUAUCGAUGAGCCUGGUCACCAUGACGAUAACCCUCGACCCGCAGUACAGAUGGAGAACACCUUCCAAUUGGCACCAUAUCGACGCUUCCCUGUUCUCACGGUCAAUGACAUCCUGAAGGAUGUGCUCGCAAGUUACCUGCAAGAGGAGAAGUAUGAAGCUGAGCUCUGUCGGCAGAUGACAAAGACCAUAUCCGAGGUGAUCAAAGCCAGGGUGAAGGAUCUGAUGGUUCCCCGCUAUAAGAUCAUUGUUCUAAUCAGCAUCGGACAGCUCAGUGACCAGAACAUGCGCAUCGGGAGCCGCUGCCUGUGGGACGCCUCCAACGAUACCUUCUCCUCGCACACCUUCAAGAACAGCUCUCUCUUCGCCGUGGCCAACGUCUACGCUGUUUACUUUGAGUGAGUCGCCAACCACAGUCACAGAUGACUGCCUUGGACUGUGGGUACUCACGUCCUAUAUAGUCCUAUGUAGUCCGUCAUAAGGGCUACAUAACAGUGUUAUAAGCAUGACAUAAUUGAUUUGGUAAAAAGUAAUGACUGUUGGUGUCAGUUUAUGACAACUGUGAUGACACAAAUAAUGUUUUGAUCAGUUAAUUGGGCAGGUUUAAAGCUAGCCAACUGGCUUGUGUCGUGACAGUGUGAAGCCGAUUGCCAUAAAGGGACACCAGCUGUAAUGUCGUUGUCAUGACAGUCUUAUAAAACCCUUAUGACCGAGCGUUCAAGUAAAGUGUAACCAAAUUGCCUAUGUUCAAUUUCUGUGUUCAUACCACAGAAUGUGGGUAAUCUAAAGUGUCUAUCACGUGUAUGAUGUUCAUUUGCAUAUCAUGGAGAAUGGUUGUGUGGAAGUGCUGUGAAACCUUCAAAAUGAAGGUCAUGCCUAGAGCAUUGUGGUUUUUGUCAAACAAACGUAUCAAGGAAGUAUCAUCGGCAAUAAGAAUAUAGUCUCAGGUAAAAGGAAAUAAGUUCAUACCGUAGUCUGAAUAUCUUUCUUGAAAUUAUUAAUUUUGGUUACAUAUGUUAUUGUCUGUAUAAUAAUGUACCAAUUCUGUAUAAUACAGCAUUUCCUGAUCAUUUAAAUCUCAAAUAGCUUUUGGAAUCACUGUGGCACAUCGUCACACACUGUCUUCUAGCAUAUUUUGAAUAUUGCUCUCAGAUUUUUGAGGGCAUGUUUGAUAUUUUUAGGAAACUUAGACUAAAGAAAUAGUCAAAGUUUCAUCCUGAGAGGCAAAGUCUGUACAGUUCUCAUACAGACCUCAUUCAGCGGAAAUGUUAUUGAACUGAUGACUCAUGGGUUUUCAGUAUCAUAACUUGCUGAUAUAAUUUGCUGAUCUUGUCACAACUCGCUGAAUAGAUUAUUGGUUUUGUACAGUUGUCCAGUCAAAUGUCUACUUGCUGACUGUGACCCAUUCACUUUGGUUAGCUAAAAUGCCCCAUUGUACAACAUGUAUUGGCUCUUGUUGUAUUAACCAAAGUCAGGUCAAUGAUAAUAAAGCAAUCUGAGGAGAU